GGAAAGGGUUUAUUGCCAAAUGAAGAGGGCUCAUGAGACGCGCGUGAGGUUAGCCACAUGCUAUCUUUCCUUGUCUCUCCGGUGGUGACUCAUGUCCUUUGCCGGAGACACUCACUAUAAGUCUAUAACUUCAACGCCGGCGGCGAACACCCUUUGUAAAUCUCAACUAACUCUUCAACAUCAAGAACUGGUGGUGAUACCCUUUUGCGUGAAGCAAUGAGAGCAGGGAAAGGGAAUCAGGAAGAGGACGAGUACGAGGAGGAAGAUUUCGGUUCUUCCAAGAAACAAGCCUCUUCCUCUGUCCCUGACACCAACAAAGAUGCAAAGGCUAUUGAUAAGGCUAGUGCAAUAAGAUCGAAACAUUCUGUAACUGAGCAGCGAAGGAGGAGCAAGAUAAAUGAGAGAUUCCAGAUAUUGAGGGAUCUCAUACCUCAUAGUGAUCAAAAGAGGGACACAGCAUCAUUCUUAUUAGAGGUGAUCGAUUAUGUUCAGUACUUACAGGAAAAGGUUCAAAAAUAUGAAGGCUCUUAUCAAGGUUGGAGUCAAGAGCCCUCGAAGUUGAUGCCAUGGAGAAAUAGUCAUUGGCGUGUCCAAAGCUUAGUUGGUCAACCUCAAGCUGUAAAAAAUGGUUUGGGUCCAGGAUCAGCUUUUCCUGGAAAGUUUGAUGAAAGCAAUGUUAGUAUCUCUCCAACUAUGCUUAGUGGCACCCAGAAUAUGAUAGAUCCUGAUCAGAGCAGGGAUAUUGUCAGCAAAACAGCAGAGAGGAAACCUGAUGUAGCAAGCAAGGAAAUAUCUCUGCCCAUGGCUAUGCAUGCAAACAUGUCUGUUCCUGUCAGAAGUGAUGGUGUACUUGCCCAUCCUCUUCAGGGAACUGUUUCUGAUGCACAAUCAACUGAAUGCCCAACAACUAGUGAACCACAGAACCACCAGGACGAACUGACAAUUGAAGGAGGGACAAUUAGCAUCUCGAGUGUCUACUCCCAAGGGUUGUUGAAUAAUUUAACUCAAGCCCUACAGAGUGCUGGUUUAGAUCUGUCAGAGGCUAGCAUAUCUGUUCAGAUUAAUCUUGGGAAGCGAGCCAACAAAGGACCAAGCUGUGGGACCUCUUCUCCAAAGAGUCACGAAAACCCUCCAUCUAGCAAUCAAGCAAUUGCACAAUUUAGAGAUGCAGGCAGCGGAGAAGACUCAGAUCAAGCUCAAAAACGAGUGAAAACAUACAAGUGAUUCAUGUGGCCUUUUUGUGGCUCCUCUUGCAUCCGAAUUUCUCACUCGUUCCAGAUGCAGCAUAUCCCUUCUGGUUACUGUACAUCCUUCGCCAUUUAUUUAGUGUUUUAAUCCACUCAUGAAGGUUAUUUUAAACCUAUAAAAACCUUAUAACACAUAAUCAUUUGUGGAGAUGUUGAGGUUUCUGCUGUAGUAGGCAUGUCAUCUUCUAUUCUGCUCGUAUUGAUACAUAUUAUAAUUAUUCAGUGUUAGUUUGGGUGGCAAUUUUAUGAUAAAUAC